UCGCCCCAAAAAACAAAGCAAAAAAUAAAACCCCCACAACAUCAUCACCAUCACCAUCACUGGGAGUUCAGCUUCAAUUCCUUUUGAUUCGAGCUCUAAAUCUCGAUAAUUGAAGUUGCUAGCUGUCUCCGAUGGCGCAGCCGAUGAGGAGGUACUACGCCGUUGGCGAUUACGUGGUGGGGAAGCAGAUUGGGGCGGGCUCCUUCUCCACGGUCUGGCACGCGCGCCACCGCGUCCACGGCACGGAGGUCGCGAUCAAGGAGAUCGCCACCGCCAGGUUGAAUUCCAAGCUACAGGAGAGUCUCAAGUCGGAGAUUUUCAUCCUCAAGAGGAUCAAUCACCCGCAUAUUAUCCGGUUGCACGAUAUGAUCGAGGAACCUGGGAAGAUAUACAUUGUUUUGGAGUACUGCAAAGGGGGCGACCUUUCAAUGUAUAUUCAACAACGACAAGGAAAAGUGUCUGAAGCAACUGCUAAGCACUUUAUGCAGCAACUAGCGGAGGGUCUGAAAAUUCUCCGUGACAACAAUCUUAUUCACCGGGACUUGAAGCCCCAGAAUUUACUCCUUUCCACCAAUGCUGAUAAUAGCACCCUGAAGAUUGCUGAUUUUGGGUUUGCAAGAUCUUUACAACCGAGAGGCCUUGCAGAAACUCUUUGUGGCUCACCUCUUUACAUGGCUCCAGAAAUAAUGCAACUUCAGAAGUAUGAUGCUAAGGCAGAUCUGUGGAGCGUCGGAGCCAUUCUUUUUCAACUUGUAACAGGGAAAACCCCAUUCACGGGAUGUAAUCAGAUACAGCUGCUACAAAACAUCAUAAAGUCAAAUGAUUUGCCAUUUCCACCAGAGGCCAAGGAUUUGAACCCGUACUGCAUAGAUUUGUGUACGAAACUGCUCCGGCGUAAUCCAGUUGAGCGUUUGACAUUUGAAGAAUUUUUCAACCAUCCGUAUCUGUCCAACACGCAGCCAAUUGAUUCCUUCAGUAAUAGGCAAUCACGGAGAGACUUAGAUGAUUUCCCCGGGAGGAAUACAGAAGAAAGCUCUCAAGAAGAUUGCUUACCAUUUAGUCUAGAUGAUGAUUCCGGUGUGCCGGUUGGCAGUCCAUCUCCUAAGAGGUCAACAAUGAGAUCCAUGUAUGGAUUUUCUCUUGAUUCAAAAUUUGAGCAGAGAGAUUAUUUAAAUCUUGCGACCAGAGUAGGUUCUUCCAAGAACAAUAGUGGCCCAUGCAAAACAAGAAUUACAGGCUCCAAUCUUGGCAGUCGUCAACUUUCAGAAGGAAACUUGAAAGAAUCACUUAAAAGGAAUGACCUUGGAACACUUGAAAGUCAUCCAAAAGUCGUGGAUUCACUUGAGUCAAUCGACCAGGAUUAUGUGAUUGUGUCAGGUCCUCCACUAGACUUAUCUUCUUCGGGAGGACGUGCUUCUAAGCAAGGACAUUUCCCCUCUAAAACUGCUGACCAACCUCUUGCUUCUGGAAAAAUGAAGAAAACAAGUUCACCAAUGUCAAUUGGAGGUGGAGCAACUGGUCGUGUUGAUGACACCGGGAAUCUAGGAAGUGCCAUCUCUGCUCCUAGGACUUCGCAAGGAUCAAUGGAUAUGGAACAACCACCAAGUGACUGCAUGACACGAAUCAAGUCAUUGCAGUGCUGUGCAUCUUCCAUAACUGAAUUAGUGAAUGAAAAGGCUGAUGGAGGAAAGCAACUAGAGGCAUUUUCUAUCCAGCUUGUAAUUCUUGCUAUAUGGAAGCAAGCACUGGAUAUUUGUCACACUUAUGCCGCAUCAGCUAGUGAAGGAAGUUCGUCUCAAGAGACUACAAGAUUGACAGAAGUCUCUAACCUCCGACAUAGUCCGGAUGCCCAAGAAUGUCUUGAUAUUGCUAACAAUCUAGAGCCUCAUGAUAUCUCCUCACUGAUUGAGAGAGCAUUUCUUCAUGAAGUUGGGAAUGCUGAAGAGCUUGCUAAAAUGAUAGAGCCUGGAAAUAUGGAGAUGCCAGAUGCAAUGGAGCUCAUAUAUCAGUCUGCUCUUGCAUUAGGCAGACGAGGAGCAGUAGACGAAUACAUGGGUGACAUAGGAAACGCUGUGGUCUUUUAUUCAAAGGCAGCUCAUCUCCUACAGUUUAUACUUGUGGAAGCACCUUGCCUCAUCCUGAAUCCUCCAUUCUCCCUCACGAGCUCAGAUAGGUACCGUAUCAAGAAUUACAUUGACGUUCUGAAUAACAGGCAAAGCAUCUCACAGUCUCAGAGAAUGGCUCUCUUCAAGGCUGCUGAUGAUGGCCGACCCUGCCCUUCAUGACAAUGGUAAACUAUAUAUGUUGUACAGAUAUCUGUGAAAAAAACGAGUUUUAAUCGGUUAAUAACCCAAAAAAAGGAAAAAGAAAAAAAGAAGAAGUUGAAGUACCUCUCCUUGUGAUUAAUGCGUUUAUAGGUGAGGUUUUGUAUUAUAAAUUGGUCUCUAAAAUGAAUGAUACGUUUAUGCAGUUGAUGGUUGAUGAAUACCAAAAAUUAGAACUUUUACUGUGUA